UACAGUGUAUUUAAGCCGUUCUCAAUGCUCCAUUCAACAUUCAUUCAGCGUGCUCAUCAUCUCAUUGUUUGGAUUUUAUUUGAAGACAGAUUUUGAAAAAUCGUGUUCCAUGAUGGAUAAGAGAGUAAUUCUUCUCCUGGUGACGGUGGGUGUGGUGGCGACCAUGCCAAAUCCGCAAUACGGUGGUGGUUCGUAUAGCGGUGGUGGGGGUAGCCCUUCUACCGGUGGGGGGAGUGGUGGUGCUCCCGCUCCAAAUUAUGCCAGUGCAGGUCCUGCCCCUCAGCAAGCCGCUCCACAACCAGCCGCCCCUGCUGUAGCACAACCCCCACCAUUCGUUCCAUCACCAAGUUAUAGCAGCUCAUCUCAGUCUUCAGGUUCUGGCGGAUUUGUCCCCAGUUCCGGUAGUGCUGGGGGCGAUACCGGAAGUAGCGGUGGUGCGGCCGGAGGAAAUUUACAAGUUCAAUGCAAAUCACAAGAGUCCUCGCCAGGAUCGGGAUCCUUUAAAUUUUCCUGUGAAGGGGUCGACCCCUCCCAAAUUUCUCUCCGUUCAGAACACAUCUUAUGGCUGGAAGGACCCAACGGACAGAAGCAAGUUAUCGACGUUGACAUCCCCAACUACAAGAUUGAAGAACUCAUCAAGGCCGGUUUCAAACCCGGAGAAGGCCAAGGCACCCAGAUCAACUUGAAGUUGAAGAAGCCCGAUCAGUCCUACGAGGCGCAGAAGGACGACAUCAAAUCUCAACAGGGCACGCCAACCGUUAACUUGCAGUAUGAACCUGUGCAGAAGACAGUGGCUCAUUUUCCGAGCGAUAAGCCAUACUCGCCCUUGCAGGGACCACUUCUUCCACCGGGUGGUGGGAGCAGUGGUGGGAGCAGUGGGGGUGGUGCCGCACCUUCCGGUGGAAACCGUUACUACAGACAAACCGUUUACACAAGACCGUAUAAUUUCCGGGUUUAAAAAUUAUGAAAAACUUAACACUUUAUUAUGGUUGAUGUUGCUGUGUUUAUUACUGGAUUUUUUAAUGGAUUUUAUAAUUUUCAAAAUUUUGAUAAUUGAUGGUGAUGAAGAUGGAAUAAAGCGAGGAUUAUUUAAAUGAUA